GAUGACUUAAGGAAGACGCAAAUAGCUGAUGAUCUCGAGUUAUCUUCAUCUACCAGUUCAAAGGAGGAGGAAUAUGAUGAUGAACUCAUCACAUCGAAUCAAGAAGUUGAAACUGCGUCGGAUUCAUCAAGUAGGCCUAUUGCAAAUUGUUCAGCAGGUGCUCAUGGAGGGAAGGAUAACCAGGAAACAUUAUGCCUUGAGGUUUUCACUGGAAAAGUUGAUACCGACAAUAAUGAAAAAAUACACACUGGUGAAAAACGGCUUGAUUGUGAAGUGUCUAGCAAAUGUUCCUCACAGAAACGAGAUUCCAUUGAAAAUACAAGUACCAACAAUAAUGAAUUACGGUACCAAUGUGAAGUUUGCAGUAAGUGUUUCUUGAAUAAUACAAAUUUGCAGCUGCAUUUAAGAAUACAUACCGACGAAAAGCCAUACCAAUGUGAAUUCUGCAGUAAACUUUUUAGACAAAGCAAUCAUUUAAUCCAACAUAUAAGAACUCACACUGGUGAAACUCCAUUCCAAUGCAGUCUUUGCAGCAAAGCUUUUAAACAAAAAACUGAACUGAACAUACAUUUUCUUACACAUACUGGUGAAAGACCUCAUCAAUGUAAAAUUUGCUAUAAAACGUUUACAAGGAAAAGUCGUUUAAACAUUCACUUAAGAAUUCACACUGGCGAAAGACCAUAUCGAUGCAAUUUUUGCACCAAGGCUUUUGUUACGAAUUCAUGCCUAACAAACCAUUUGAGAACGCACAGUGGUGAAAGACCAUUCCAAUGUCAAGUUUGCUCUAAGAGGUUCAAACGUAGAAUACAUUUGAAGACACAUAAAAAGGUUCAUGCAUGAUUUACAAAAAUAGUUGUAAUAUAUUAUAUCUCCAAAUUGCUAAUUAUAAAUGUUUAUUGAAAAUUUCAACACAUAAUAUUAUAAAAUCAUGGUUUUAAAAUAGAUUUCUGGGAUUAAAAUGUAUGUAUUUUAUAUUUAGGUACUUCUAAAAUUCAAUCUUUCAACCAUUUCCUGUAUCAUGAAAAUGAUUAUUAUUGGAUCUUUCAUGUAUAAUAAUUUAUCCUUCAGCUUACUCCAUGACAUUAGUAAAUUCACUAAUUACUUUUGUGAAGGCCAUAUGUCGUCAUGUAAUGGUAUUAAUUGUUUUUCAAGUCAAAUUCAAACUCAUUUGCCGUACAAUUCAUAAACAAAUUGGCAAAAUGCAAUAAAAACAAAUACAGAACAGAGUGGAAUACUGGUUAAUUAUAUCAAUUAGUAUAAUCCUAUCCUAAGUGAUGCAGAACAUGAGUUGAAUACCGGUUAAUUAUCAAGUAUUAUAAUCAUAU